AUGAGUUUCUCCGAUAAAGUAGUGCUUAUCACCGGCGCCAGUUCUGGAAUUGGUGCCGUAACAGCAAUAGAAUUUGCAAAAGAGAAAGCCGACGUGGCUAUUGUUGGUAGAAACGAAGCAAAAUUGAAUGCAGUAGUUGAAAAAUGCAAACAAUACGGCAAAGCACCACUUGUAAUAAAAGCAGACGUAUCUAACGAUGAAGAUGCAAAUAGAAUCAUCAAUGAAACAGUUAACAAAUAUGGUAAACUCGAUGUGCUAGUCAACAAUGCUGGAUUUACCAAAUUUGGAUCGAUUUUAGAUGGGACAGUGGUUGAAGCAUAUGAUACAAUCAUGGAUACAAACGUGCGUGCAGUUAUUAAACUUACAACUCUAGCAGCACCACAUCUUAUAAAAACUAAAGGGAAUAUUGUUAACAUAUCAAGCGUUGCCGGUUUUUCUAUAAAGGUCAUAAAACAGAAUGCAUAUUCGCUGUCCAAGGCUGCUGUAAAUCAUUUCACUAAAGGAGCUGCAUUAGAGUUAGCUCCAUCUGGAGUAAGAGUGAAUGCUGUUAGUCCAGGACCAGUGAGGACCGACUUCUUAGAGAAUGCUGGAAGCGACAUUACGUGGGACAGUUUUAAAAAUUCUGUCGCUCUUAAUAGAAUAUCAGAUCCGGAAGAGGUGGCUAAUGUGAUUCUUUACUUAUCUAGUGAUAAGGCGAAAGGAGUGACGGGUUCCAAUUACCUUGUUGAUAACGGAAGACUCUUAUUAUAAGUUUUUUCUAUAUUUGGAAUGGAAAAUCACCUGACUGUAAGCAAUAUUUUAUUUUGACUUUAAGACAUUAAUUAUAACAAUUUUUAUC